AUGAAGUAUCAGCGCGUCACAUCUAUCGCUCUUGCCGCCUUGAGCGCGAGCACCUCCGUCUCUGCGGUCCCUCUCAAGCUUGAGGAGAACGGCGUGUGCCCACCUGGCUACUCUGCUAGUGUAUACUACAUCACUGUCACCGCUGAGGCUGCACCGACCUCGACCUUGACCUCUACCACUACCACUACCACAACCUCGACCUCCACUACAACCACCACUACAACCUCAACCGCCGUGGAGGUUCCUACCGCAGGCGAAAUCGAAACAAUCCCCACCUCCUCCGUCGCUGAUGAGCCGGAACCAACAGUUUCUGAAGUACCUACGCACGUCGCCGUCGUCAAGCCCUCAACCACAACCACCACCACCCAGGCCGCCACGACGACAGCCUCGGAGAAACCCGCUGCCUCAACCUCAUCCUCCUCGUCCAGCGCCGCCACCACGGGCAAAGCAACCUUUUACGGCGGCAACGUUUCUGGCGGAACCUGCUCGUUCACAGAAUACACGCUCCCCUCGGACCUGUCUGGCGUUGCUUUCUCGGGCGAGGCAUGGGAUGAUGCGGCGAACUGCGGCCGCUGUGUCUCUGUUACCGGGCCAAGUGGGAACUCGGUUAAGGCUAUGAUUGUCGACAAAUGCCCCGAAUGCGCCCCCACGCAUCUCGACCUUUUCCAGUCCGCCUUUGAGGAACUCGCACCAGCCUCCGAAGGCGUGAUCGCCAUUUCAUACAACUUCAUCCCCUGCGGGAUUGACAGCCCCAUCAUCCUCAAGAACAAGGAGGGGACAUCACAGUACUGGUUCUCAAUGCAGGUUGUCAACGCGAACGAGGCUGUUGCUUCGCUGGAAGUCAGCACGGACGGCGGCUCAAACUGGCAGAGCACCACGAGGACAUUCUACAACUUUUUCGAGAACUCCGCUGGGUUCGGGACGGACACUGUUGAUGUCCGUGUUACGGGCGUUAGUGGGAGGAGUGUUGUUGUUAAGAAUGUGGGUGUUGCGAGUGGGUCGAGUACCACCGCAUCUGGGAAUGUUUAA